AUGACAACAUCGGAUAUUCUUUCCGCGCGAUAUGAACCAUUGAUCGUUCGAUCAUUCUUCGAUCAUAAGACAUCCGUCAGCUACGACGGUCGCACAAAACCUCUAGUUUCCAUCCAAGUAACCGAAUUGAAUGAUGGAGUCUUCAUCGGAUGCUCAAUGAACCACGCUAUUGCGGAUGGAGUCGUGUUUUGGCGGUUCUGGAACACACUGUCUGAGAUAUUCCAAACGGACGAAAAAGAUAAGCAAAAUGAACGUCCUCCCGUAAACCUGAAACGGUGGUCCUCAGAGGAACGCGGUCCUUUGGUUGACUUCCCUAUCACCUUUCAAGAUGGGUUCGUCACCAACAUCGAUGUGCCCGAGGGUAUUUCAUUGAGGAAAUUCCACUUCUCGGAAGACUCGGUCGCGAAACUUAAAGCGAAAGCAAAUUCAGAAUGCAAUACUACCGUGAUAUCAUCAUUUCAAUCCUUAAUCGCGCAUUUAUGGAGAUCCAUAACGAAGGCAAGGCGCCUGCCUGGCGAUCAGAUAGUUUCAUGUAACCCAGCUGUAAAUAUCAGACCCAGGAUGAUUCCUCCUUUACCUGCGGAUUGUUUCGGAUGCAUGGCCGGAGCAGCCACUGCUCGAACCACAGCUGGUGAACUCCUCGAAAAAAGUCUCGGAUGGGCAGCUUGGCAGCUACACCAAGCGAUCGUGAGCUACACGGAUACAUCGGUGCGCGAAUUUACGGAUGAAUGGCUUCGGACGCCAUCUAUCGUCGAUAUUACUAAAUUAUUCGCUUCUAAUGAGAUGAAUAUCGGCGGCUCGUCAUGGUUCGAUGUGUACGGGAAUGAGUUCGGGAUGGGUAAAGCGGUGACGAUCCUCAGCGGAGGUUGGCUCAAGUUUGAAGGGAAUGGGAGUAUUGAGACGUAUCCAGGUCGUGAGGGCGGGCGAAGCGUGGAAUUCGGGGGUGCCUUGCAGCUUCGGAUAUGGCAGCGUUGGAAUCUGACGAGGAGUUCAUGGCUUUUGUUUCUUGACCGCUUCCAAGAGUAA